UCGUCUGCUUCCGCCUGAAACUUCCUUUCUGGCAACGGCUUAAUCUUCGCCAACAUGCCACUCGCAAAAGACCUGUUGCACCCGACCCCCGAAGAGGAGAGGAGAACGCACAAGAAGAAGCGUCUCGUACAGUGUCCUAAUUCUUACUUCAUGGAUGUCAAAUGUCCAGGAUGUUAUAAGAUCACAACUGUGUUCAGCCACGCUCAGACAGUAGUGCUUUGUGUCGGUUGCUCAACUGUGCUCUGUCAGCCAACUGGAGGCAAAGCUAGACUUACAGAAGGUUGUUCCUUCAGAAGGAAGCAGCAUUAAGAUCUCUUCUGGAUGCUUCUGCAGAGAGAGAGAGAAAGAGUGAAAUGGAUUGGGCUGAGUGACCGAGUAUUAUUUCACAGAAGGGAAUUGAACCAAACACCCCCAUGGAACACCUUCCAACCCCAGUGUCUCUUUUUCUCUCUGUCUCAGUCUCAAUAAAAUGUUUGGGCUAAAA